CUUUUUAUGUCGCCCGUUGCUCUCCUCACCCGAACAAAACCACCAGCCCCGAUCUCCGGUUCCUCUCGAUGGAGUUCUCCCGCCGAGGCCCAGCAACCGGCGGUGCCGGCGACGCCCACCGUUUCCCCGACCCUCCUCCGGCUCACGGAGAGAGAGAGCCGAUGCUGGUGAUGAGGGACGCGCUGCUCUCGCAGCUCCACAUGGCCCUCCUUCGCCAGGAGAUCAUCCAAGCCGAGCUGGGCAAGAUAGAGCGUGCCAUGGCCCUGCGUGUCGCCACCGGUGGCCACCAGACACAGACAACGCCCAUGCCAAUGCCAUGGCAUGGCGUUGCCACCGCGGAUGCUGGACGGUUGCAGCCGUGGCCGUUCAGCGCCGAGCAGCCCAUGGCUGGGCAAAAUGCAGGAUUUGAUGAGCAUAAGCUGCCAGAUUCCAAUAAGGACGCGCUGCUUUCGCAGCUCCACAUGGCCCGCCUUCUCCAGGGGAUCAUCGAAUCCGAGGUGGCCCAGAUAGAGCGUGCUAUGGCCCUGGGAACCGCCACAACUGGCUACCAGACACAGACAACGCAGAUGCCAAUGCCAAUGCCAUGGCAUGGCAUGGCUGCCGCGGAUGCACGACGGUCGAAGCCGAGGCUGUUGAACGCCGAGCAGCCAAUCUCUCAGCAGAGUGCAGAGUUUGAUGAGCAUAAGCUUCCGAACUCCAAUACGGAUCUUCCACCGAGUAAGGCGCCACCUGCGGAGAAGUGGGAACUAACGGGAAUAACGAUACCAGUUACGAAGCCGAAACCACCGAUGAAAUGGAAUUGCACUGUCUGCCAGGUGCAAGCAACCAGUGAGCACAACCUACAACAGCAUUUUGAUGGGCAGAAGCAUUUAUCAAAUGUAGCAACACUGGACCCAACAACUAAGGCAAGUGAUCAGAAGGAGAAAUCUACAGCAGAACAUUCUCUUGGUACAGAACAGAAGAAAUCAUCCUCUAUAAAAUGGAGUUGCUGUACAUGCCAGGCCAAUGGUACAUCCCAAUCGACCUUGGAGGCGCACCUCAAAGGCAAAAGACACGAGCAGAGCAUCACAGCCACAUGUGUAAAAGGCGAUAUGAAUGGCAUGUCAAAGAACGUCGCCACGCAGGAUGCAAAAUCACAUGGCAUCAAUGUGCCAAAUAACUCAGAGAAGCUAUGGCCUUUCAUCGCCAAGCAGCCCAUGGCUCAAGAGUUUGAUGAGCAUAAGCUUCCGGACUCCAAUAAGGUUGUUCCACCAAGUAAGACAUCGCACGCGGAGAAGUGGGAGCUAACAGGAAUAACGAUACCAGCUACGAAGGAGAAAGCAACCAGUGAGCAGAACCUACAUCAGCAUUAUGCUGGGCAGAAGCACUUGUCAAGUGUAGCAACACUGGACCCAGCAACUAAGGCAAGUGAUCAGAAGGCGAAAUCAGCAGUAGAACCUUCUCUUGGUACAGAGCAGAAGAAAACAUCCUCAAUAAAAUGGAGUUGCAGUACCUGCCAGGCCAAUGGUAUGUCCCAAUCGACCUUGGAGGAGCACCUCAAAGGCAAAAGACACCGGCAGAACAUCGCAGCCACAUAUGUAGAAGGCAAUAAGGAUGGCAUGCAGGAAGCAAAAAGACGUUGCAUCAAUGUGCCCAGGAAUUCAGAGAAGCUACCAUCAGCCUGGAGCUGUAGCAUUUGCCAAGUUACUUGUACCUGUCAAAUGGACUUGAAGAACCAUCUAAUGGGCAUAAGACACCGAGAAAAAGUUCAAUCCUUGCUUGUACAAAGCAAGAGCAUGGCAAGGGAUUCUGAGUCACAGAAAGCAAAGCUGAAUACGGAUUCAAGAUGGAUCUGCGGCGUUUGUCAUGCUUACUGUACCUCUGAAUCAGACCUGAAUAACCAUCUUGCAAGCACGAGACACCAGCUGAACAUUCAGGUCCUAGGAGAGAAAGUCAUGCAAGAGAAAAACAAUCCACCGCUAGUUGCCAAGAACCAAGAACCGUACUCAAAAUGGAAUUGUACAAUGUGCGAGGCCAAAUGUAACUCUGAAUCUCAGUUUGAGGGUCAUUGUAGAAGCAGCAGGCACCAUCAGAAGAUAGAGGCGAUACUAGGCAAAGGAAAGUUUGCGAAAGAGAGCAGUUGGAGGACUGCAAAUGCACUACCUUUCGAUGGCUCUAAAGGCAAGAAUGCAGGCUCGGAAAUGGUGAAGAAGCAACCGCCUUUGUACUUCUGCGAGGUCUGCAGUUUGCUGUGUAACAACAGUACAACGCUGCUACACCAUCAUUUUGGGAAGAAACACAGGGCAAAGCUCUGCAAGAAAUGAAUCGUCCUAAGCGGAUGUCCGGAUAUGUUGCUUUUGUUGGGAAGCUUGCAAAGCAUUUGAAUCAAGUGAUGUCUUAGUCAUUCUAUUCUGGGUCAAUGUUUUAUUUUCCAAUAAUUAUUCGUGUAUGUAUCGUCUUUCAACAAACUGGAUUAUUAUACGUAGCAGCAUAUCCACGGGUUUGAUA